AUGGACUCGGACCUUCUCGAGAGUGUCCUUGGACUGGAAGAAAAGUUCUACCACGAGGGCUACCAAGUUGGCCUGGCCGAUGGAGCCCGCGCAGGCUACACUGAAGGAAGUGUGUUCGCAGUAGAGAAGGGAUUCGCACAAGCACUUGAAGUCGGAAAACUCUACGGCAAAGCCCUGGUCUGGAAUCAGCGCUUCGCCUCACGGACGGUCGAUCGGAGCGGCAGUAGCAGUGGUACGAAACCCACGCUGGGCGGUGAUGACUUGCCUGCCAUCCACACCGAUCUGUGCUAUGGAAUGCCGGAAAUCCGUGGAGAAUCUCGAGUAGCGAGAAACAUUCAACUUCUCCUUGGCCUCGUCGAUCCGGCGACGUUGUCUUUGGAGAACACGGAAGAUGCCGUGUCAGAUAUGGAGGAAAGACUAAAGGGCGCUCAGUUGAAAACGAAACUUAUACAGAGAUCACUCGGGGAGUCGGACGAUAGUCCGGUCAGUGAUGCAUCGUCGAGCAACAGGGAAAGUCGGUUCCAGGGGGAUGGGUCUGGAAGUAUAGAAGAUAUUAGCUCUAUGAGGAUCCGCCACUGA